AUGUCCCAAAUAUUUUAUCAAUACUUCUUGAAGAAAACGAACCUCGACUCGGUGGUGAAGGUCGGGGACACCGAGGAUCCGUACCACGAGCCCAUUCCGGAAGAUGAAUUGCACUUCUAUCAGCGCAAGGGCGCCACAAGAAAGAGGAAGCUUCCAGACAUCAUCCAGGGCGACGACUUGAAGGUGCUCAACUCGGUGAAACGGAAAGCGUACCGUUUGGACCUCCAAUUGAGCCUCUGCGGGCUACGUCUUGGAUGGGCAGGGAUCAUCGGGCUCCUCCCGGGCAUCGGGGACAUCAUCGCCGCAUCGUUGGCGCUCCAGCUCGUGCGGAAAGCGGAGAAAAUAGAGGGCGGCCUCCCGGCCUUGUUGCGCCUGAGAAUGAUGGCCAACGUGGCGUUCGAUUUCGGUAUUGGGUUGAUACCCAUUGUGGGCGACUUGAUCAACAUUGCCUACAAGUGCAACCUGCGGAACUUCGUCAUGCUAGAGAAGUAUCUUGUUGAGAAGCAC